ACCCUCAUGUCCUUUCCACUUCCACCCGAACUGACGCUCUCCAUCCUCUCACACUUGCCCAUUUCCUCUCUUCCCGCCCUCAAUGCAACCUCACUAGCAUGGUAUACCUUCAUUCAGACCAACGAGUCUGCCGUUUAUCGCAAUAUCGCCAUCGAGAGCUUCUCAUUGCCUCCCUCCACAACUUUUUCGGGCCUCAACAUGCUCCUGUCGCAACGCGCCGUCGCCGGAGCGACUGACUGGAAGGCACUCUGCAAGGCCCAACACCACAUCGAGCAAUCCUGGCUCGGGAAAGCCGCGUCAAGUGUGACCUUUUACCCCGCAACUGGUCCCAAUGUCCAUCGCAUCAAGGUCGACGAACACAGAGGUCUCAUAGUAACGACGGCGGGGGCGAGGGAUCCACGAUUGCGGGUGGUAGACAUGAAUACUGGGGAGCUGGUUUGGGCAUUGCCAGAGCGGUAUGUCUGUGCCUACGCACACUGUGAAUACGACAACGGCUACAUCAUCUUCAACCGCCGCUUUUCGAGCGACAAAGAGGUCUGGCGGCUCGUCGAAGAUGGCGCCACUGUCGAUGGUUUCGCUCCAUCGAAUCCGCCAGACGAACUUCAGCUACGCGCAGCAGAACAGGUUUCUUACAAACGAAAAUUCAUUCCCUGGGCACUCCUACGCCCUCCAGAAAACGCUUCAACCCGCGCUUUUCGAUUGGCAUACCCCACUCUCAUGGCUGCAUCAGCCACAGACAUGUAUUUCUGGGAUGUGCCAUCUGGAGCUCUCGUUCGAACAAUACCCUACUACUCCGAUGUAGGAGAGCUAAACUACGUCGAAGUCAGUCGCCAGAAGGACGGACUUGCGUUUAUCUGCGGCACCAAUGCCCUCCGUGCAUUUUCUCGCGCGACUGGUCGGCGAGUUCUCGACAUUCCAUCCACGCGGCACUCAUAUGCAGACAACUCUUAUGUUUUUGAAGCAGACGAGGGACAUCUUGGGUGGCUUCCGAGCGCGGUAUUGAAGCAGCAGCCAGUCCAGCACCGGAAUACACUAGAGCUUCCUGGACAACUUUUAGACGAGUUCGUUGCAGUCCACAUCUCAGAAUGCGGCUCUCACAUCGCGGCUCUGUUGUCGAGCUCCAGACUGAUUAUCAUCCCCUUCUUCCACCGCGUCAUCGAUGGACAAAAUACUCUUCGGGAAAUUGCACUCGAUGUGCAGGUUGGAUCGCCUCGCGGGGCCUCCAAGUAUCUGUCGUUCGAAAACGGACGGAUUGGUCUGGCAACGGUUGCGGGCAUAUAUGUCCUUAGUCUCGACUUCGACUCCUGUCUAUGCGCGAUGUCUCCAGAGAUAACCGUGGUGCGCGCGGCCUGGUUUAACUCCGCUGUGGGGCUAAACAGCAUUACCUGUCUGCAACUCGGGCCAAGCGGGAUUUACUUCAACUGGUCCGCUCACGGAUUAGUUGAUGUUACUAACCCCCAGCAUUGCUCAAUUGCGGGAGAGAAUUUACCGCCAGAUGGAGAUGCAGAAGGGAUGUAUGCCGAGUCAUUACUGGAAGACAGGAUCACAGCUCGCGCGCCGAACGGUAGUGAGGUAGUGCAAGUGUUUGAAUUCGCUCAACACUCGAGGUUUUCAUAUGUGGUCAGUGUCAACUUGACCCCGGUCAUUGCAGAAGCGGGUCAUGUCGAAUGA